GAAAAGGAUGUUCUGCAUUAGUGGGCGUGUGUAUACAUGUACUGUAUGUGUGUAACAGUUUGUGUGUACUUUGCUGUAUCUUUCUCUAUAUAUAAACAUUAGGGAAUGCCAGUCUGAUUCACAUGUUCUGCAUCAGCUGUCACAGUCUGCUUGAUCUACCUGUAUAUUUUACCCGGAAGGCAUAUAUACCAACAGAAGGGGACGGGAAGAUAUCAAAGCUAUAAUGGCAGGGCGCAACCUGUUAAACUAACCCUGUGACCUUGAGUUCGUAACGUGACAAUUUAGGAGCAGCUGUUGAUUAAACACGCACAAACAACUAGCCAGCAAGCUGAUAUUGAUAUACAACGUCUCGCGAAGAAGGUUUUGUAAAAACUUGCAAUGUUCAAGUGCUCUCAUAUAUAACGUUUAGUGUGGGAAGAACAAACAUUUUCUUCUUGUCGGUGUGUGUUUCGGGAAGACUUCACAUUCACUACACUAGCUGUGCAUUUGGUGCUGGAUUGUGUACAUUCUGCGAGAUAUUUAAGAAUAAAUAUGGCCGCCAUGCAGCAGCAGCAGCAGCAGCAGCAGCAACUUCCAACAAUGAUGUUGACAACCUACAGUGAUGGUGUCACUGAGUUUACUUGUGACUUGUUUAGAGAAGUGAGUGCUGGGAAGGCUAGCAACUCUGUGAUAUCUCCAUACAGUGUUUCGGCAGCCCUGAUGUUGUCGAUGCUCGGGACUGAAGGAAUGUCCAAGGUGCAAAUAAUGGAAGCACUUCGUCUGAGUGACGUUCCCACUGGAAACAUUCACGAGGAAUACCGGAAACUCCAUACGGAACUCAAUACAUCCGGAAACGAUGUAUUAAACAUUGCUAACAAAAUUUUCUCCAAGGAGGGAUUGAAAUUGAAAGCAGAAUAUAGGGACAAUUCAAAACUCUAUUAUGGAAGCGAAAUGGAACUGUUGAAUUUUGGAGGAGAUCCAGAGGGGUCCCGAAAGAAGAUCAACGAUUGGGUUGAAGCACAAACUAACAAUAAAAUCCAAGAUUUGAUUCCUGCAGGCUCUAUCAACGCUCUUUCUCUGAUUAUUCUUGCAAAUGCCAUUUAUUUCAAAGGAAGCUGGGAAACAAAGUUCCCCACCGCUGCGACAGCAAAACGACAGUUCAACGUCAGUGGGACGGAGACUAUGGACGUGGAUAUGAUGAGCGCGGAGGAACAGAAUAUUCCAUUCGGAUGGUUUUCAAAAUAUGAGUGUACAGCUGUCGAGCUGCCGUACGAGGGCAGAAACAGAAGCAUGGUAAUAGUUUUGCCGAAUUCAGUUGAGGGCCUCUCAAACAUUGAGGAUAAGCUUUCUUUAGCAAUGAUUAAUGAGAUACUAAAAGGAAUGCAGCGGAUGGAAUUAGAGGUCGCUCUACCGAAAUUUAAGAUUGAGGCGAAAUUUGACCUGAAGGGCGUUCUUGCAAAACUUGGAAUCUGUGACGUGUUUUCUCCAGAGAAUGCCGAUCUCAGCGGGAUGUUCGAUUCACCCCCUGCGGACGCACAUAUCAGUGACGUAGUACACAAAGCCUUUGUUGAAGUCAAUGAAGAGGGAACAGAAGCUGCUGCUGCGACCGGCAUAAUGAUCCGUGCGUUGAGUCUUCCACAACAGUUCGUAGCAGACCGCCCCUUCCUUUUCUUCAUCCGCGACGUCACUUCCGGAACCGUUCUUUUUAUCGGCAAGUUUGUGCGUCCCACUUAGGGUCGAAUCUCUUUCAUUGUAUAUUAAUGAACAUCUGAAAAUGUUAAGCGUGGAACUUACGUAAUGAACACUUUUAAAAUUGUCAAAUCAAAACAAUGACGUCAUGUGGCUUUUAAUGGAGCUUUUUCAACUGUAACGCCAUGGAUGGAACAGCGUCAUACCACCAGGCAUUUCAUGCGACCCGUAGAAAUGUUAUUUUCUUCGUUAUGCUUUUCUUGAAAUAUGUUUAAACAUAUGCAAAUUGUGGCUAUGUGAUGAACAGAGCAUUGCAUUCGCUUCGAUUUCAUGUGAGCUUAUAAUUAUGGAAUUUGUCAUGACUUAAAAAGGUAGUUCAUAAACUAUUAUCAUAAUUCUCAUUUCAAUGAAAUAUCACUGAAUAUCCGGUUAUCUUUAUUUUGAUACGUUCAUGCAGACAUUCAAUUAAAUAUAAAAUAAAAUAAUAUGUUUCUUUUGUA